AUGUCCAUGGAAGCAGUCCGGCGUUUGGGAAUUAAUGGUAUCAUUUCGCUGUUUUUCUUUCUUCUUCGGUUUCAUUAUUAUUUUAACUUAUUAAGCAAGCAAGGAAGGCCACAGAAAACGAAUCUUCUGCCUCAUUGCUUUGGUAUUCUCGUUGAGUCUCGUUGCUUCGGUAUUCUCGUUGAGUCUCAUUGCUUCGGUAUUCUCGUUGAGUCUCGUUGCUUCGGUAUUCUCGUUGAGUCUCAUUGCUUCGGUAUUCUCGUGGAGUCUCGUUGCUUCGGUAUUCUCGUUGAGUCUCGCUGCUUUGGUAUUCUCGUUGAGUCUCGUUGCUUCGGUAUUCUCGUUGAGUCUCAUUGCUUCGGUAUUCUCGUUGAGCCUCGUUGCUUCUGUAUUCUCGUUGAGUCUCAUUGCUUCGGUAUUCUCGUUGAGUCUCAUUGCUUUGGUAUUCUCGUUGAGUCUCAUUGCUUCGGUAUUCUCGUUGAGUCUCGCUGCUUCGGUAUUCUCGUUGAGUCUCGUUGCUUCGGUAUUCUCGUUGAGUCUCAUUGCGUCGGUAUUCUCGAUGAGUCUCAUUGCUUCGGUAUUCUCGUUGAGUCUCGCUGCUUCGGUAUUCUCGUUGAGUCUCGUUGCUUCGGUAUUCUCGUUGAGUCUCAUUGCGUCGGUAUUCUCGUUGAGUCUCAUUGCUUCGGUAUUCUUGUUGAGUCUCGUUGCUUCGGUAUUCUCGUUGAGUCUCAUUGCUUCGGUAAUCUCGUUGAGUCUCAUUGCUUCGGUAUUCUCGUUGAGUCUCGUUGCUUCGGUAUUCUCAUCCUCCUAAAACUUUCUAUCACUGAUAUCUAUCUAUCUAUCUAUCUAUCUAUCUAUCUAUCUAUCUAUCUAUGCAAGGCAGCUGUCUUGGAUCCGAAAAAAGAGCCAUUUUUUUUAAAAUGCCAACAUAAUCAAAGGAAGUCUCACAAUAUUGUGUUUCUAUCUUUACACGCCAUAUUUAUUCUCGCUUUCUUGACGUUGCUUUCUCCCCGCCCGCCUACUGCUCCUCUAGCCGCCAUUUUGGUCGGGCGAUCGAUGGACAAGAUCAGGCGCUACACUUAA